UCAUUUCCUAACCCAACAACAACAACACCCGAAUAUCCUCCCUCUAUAAAAAACCUUCUCCUCUCUCUCUCUCUUCCUCUUCAGGGACCUUUGAACAACCUUCAGAAUCCCUCUUUUUUAACAACAAGAACAGCAGCAUUUCAAAAAAUUAAUAGAAAUGUCUUUCACGAGCACCUCCAUUCUUCCUACCAAUUCCUUUAUUUCUUCUAUCAAACCUCACCAACCUUCACCGCCGCCAUCUUCCAGAUCCAUCCUCCAUAUCUCCGCCGUGCACUCCGCUGAGCCCUCUAAAAACCCAAUCGGAAAGCAACAGCAGCAGCAACCUCUAAAAACAUCUGCUGCUGCUACUGCUACAACAGCAGCAGCACCGAGUUCCAAUGUGGUUUCUGGGAAAUGGAGUAUUGAUAGUUGGAAAUCGAAGAAAGCUUUACAACUCCCCGAAUAUCCGAAUAAAGAAGAGCUUGAAUCAGUUCUCAAAACGCUUGAUGCAUUCCCUCCGAUUGUUUUCGCUGGUGAGGCUAGAAGCUUAGAGGAAAAGCUCGCUGAAGCCGCAAUGGGCAAUGCUUUUUUAUUACAAGGUGGAGAUUGUGCCGAGAGUUUUAAAGAGUUUAAUGCUAAUAAUAUUCGUGACACUUUUAGAAUCCUUCUCCAAAUGGGUGCCGUUUUGAUGUUCGGCGGCCAAAUGCCUGUUGUAAAGGUGGGAAGGAUGGCGGGUCAGUUUGCGAAGCCAAGAUCAGAUCCAUUUGAAGAAAAGAAUGGAGUGAAGUUACCUAGCUAUAGAGGGGACAAUGUAAAUGGGGAUGCUUUUGAUGAGAAGUCGAGAAUUCCUGACCCACAAAGAAUGAUUAGAGCUUACUGUCAAUCUGCUGCUACUUUGAAUCUUCUUAGAGCUUUCGCUACUGGUGGUUAUGCUGCUAUGCAGAGAGUUACUCAGUGGAAUCUUGAUUUCACCGAGCAUAGUGAGCAAGGAGACAGGUACCGGGAACUUGCUCAUCGGGUUGAUGAGGCUCUUGGUUUCAUGUCUGCUGCUGGUCUUACUGUUGACCAUCCAAUUAUGACGACAACUGAAUUUUGGACAUCCCAUGAGUGCUUGCUUUUGCCAUAUGAGCAAUCACUUACCAGGCUGGAUUCAACUUCUGGCCUUUACUAUGAUUGUUCUGCUCAUUUUCUUUGGGCUGGAGAACGUACUAGGCAACUAGAUGGUGCUCACGUUGAGUUUUUGAGAGGAGUUGCAAAUCCCCUUGGCAUUAAGGUGAGUGAUAAGAUGGAUCCAAAUGAACUCGUUAAGCUCAUUGAGAUUCUGAAUCCCCAGAACAAACCAGGGAGAAUAACAAUCAUCACAAGAAUGGGAGCUGAGAACAUGCGAGUGAAACUUCCCCAUCUAAUCAGGGCAGUCCGCAGGGCUGGUCAAAUUGUCACAUGGGUCAGUGAUCCUAUGCAUGGAAACACCAUUAAGGCUCCUUGUGGUCUGAAAACUCGCCCAUUCGACGCCAUCAGGGCGGAGGUGAGGGCAUUCUUUGAUGUGCAUGAACAAGAAGGAAGCCACCCGGGAGGAGUUCAUCUGGAGAUGACUGGGCAGAAUGUGACAGAGUGUAUCGGUGGAUCACGUACGGUGACAUUCGAUGACUUGAGUUCACGCUACCACACUCACUGCGACCCUAGGCUCAAUGCCUCACAAUCUCUAGAGCUCGCCUUCAUUAUUGCAGAGCGCCUUAGAAAGAGGAGGAUCAAGUCGCAGCCUCCUAUUGCCCCCUUAAGCCUGUAGAAAGAAUGGAUUGCAAGGCUCACCAAUAUGUUUCUUCUUUUUUACCCCAAGUCAUUAAACCCUGUAUUAAUACAAUACACCUCUUUAAUUUUGAGUUAAUUUAUGUUGUGCUGUAUGUGUAUACUGGAAGACGAUGAUGUUUGAGACUUCGCAAAAACGAAUGAAUAAAGGAAAAUCUUAAAGCUGCA